GGAAGCAUGCGUGAAUACAAAAUUGUAGUCUUAGGGAGUGGAGGUGUGGGAAAAUCAGCUUUAACCGUACAAUUUGUGCAAGGAAUUUUUGUAGAAAAAUAUGAUCCAACUAUCGAGGAUAGCUACAGAAAGCAAGUGGAAGUCGAUGGGCAACAAUGCAUGUUGGAAAUUUUGGACACUGCUGGAACUGAACAAUUCACAGCUAUGCGAGAUCUCUACAUGAAAAAUGGUCAAGGUUUUGUGCUUGUCUACUCAAUCACAGCUCAAUCAACCUUUAACGACUUAAUGGAUCUCCGAGAUCAAAUUCUACGAGUCAAAGACACUGAUGAAGUACCAAUGAUAUUGGUCGGUAACAAAUGCGAUCUUGAAGAUGAACGAGUAGUGGGCAAAGAUCAAGGUUUGAAUCUUGCACGACAAAUCGGUUCCGCCUAUCUGGAAACUUCGGCAAAAGCAAAAAUCAACGUCAACGAGGUAUUCUACGACUUGAUACGACAAAUCAACCGCCGCUAUCCUGACACAACCAAAGACCAAGAUACCAAGAAACAAUGUUGUGCAUGCAGCUUGAUGUAAAAGGUUCACGCUGAGUGCAAUUGCACGCCGCACACCAAAUCGAGCAAAUCAUGCAGUUGCACCAAAUGCACGGAGUGCAAUCGCACCAUAUGCAUAAAUUUACUAUAAAUCUCGCUGUUCUUGCUGGUUAGAGCAUAUCCUGAGUCGUGAUUUGUGCGCUUGUGAAACAUUUGCCAAAUUUUUAAGUUUUCUUUGCUUCCUCUAUCUUUUUUGCCGAUUGAUGACACUCUCUAAGGCUUUCUUCACUUGUUUCAUUAGGUGAUAGAUGAAUUGAAGGUCUGAGGCAGCAAGCAGGUUCUGAGCUUUCUAUUUAUCGUGGA